AUGAUCAAUUUUGUUCACGUCGACAAUAAAGGAUUCAAAAUGAUAAAAUCUGUUAGACGUCGUUUUUUAGAUCACCGAUACGCAUGGCGACAACACAAAAAUAUUCGCCACAUGAUUAUUUUAAUUAAAAUGAUUUAUGCUAUCAUCUUUAUUUGUUUUACAAUUUCUUCAUGUCUUAGUCAAUCUGUUGCUAUAGAAAACAAAGAGUUAAAAUCUAUUUUCACCCGGAUAUGGGACAUAUGGUAUUCUUUUUUGGCUCUUAUGUUACUUUUAUCAUUACUUGUUGAUCGUUUAAAAACACAAAAUAUUCUUUCAUCCAACUUGAUUAAUAUUAUACACAUAUUUAUAGUUGUUAUUUUUAUUAUUUUUGUUAUCUUAGGUCACAUUCAAGGUUUAUAUCGUCUCUGGUGGUUAUCAUCAUCACCGAAUCAAUUGGAAUGCACAACAUUUCUUUCCGUGGUUUUUAUUGAUAUAUGCCCUAUUAUGGUUGCUUUUAUGAUUACUUUUAAUUUAUUUAAAAAACGUCGAUCAUGGCGUUAUAUCCAUGUUAGUACUUUUACUUCGAAUGUUUAG